UACACCCCAGUGUACUGACGGAUGUGAAGAUGGAUGGUGGGGGACUACUGUGACAACACGUGUCCUCCUCACUGUGUGAAAUGUGACAGACAUCGUGGCCAGUGUCUGGCGUGUGAAGCCACGAGAUACGGCGAGAACUGUAACUUGACCUGUAACACUGCCUGCCUGAAGUCACAAUGUAACCUGACAGGAGACUGUAUAAACGGGUGUGAGAGCGGGCGUUACGGGAGCAGGUGUUCUGAAAGAUGUCCCCAGGUGUGCAACAACACAUGUCAACACGAUGGUGCCUGUGUUACGUGUGCUGAUGGCUGGAUGGGAGAACACUGUACUGAACCAUAUUCACUUCAUCGCCAGACUUGGAUCUUUUAUGCUGUGAUUGGUGUCUUGGCGUCAAUUGUUCUGAUCAUGGCAGCUCUCUUCAUUAAACGACACGUCGUGAACGGUUUUGCUGGGAUAUACGUUUCACCUGUAUUUAACGAUCUGGAAUCAGGAUCUGACAACAUCUCUCUGGAACAGCUCGGACAAUCACGUGACAGCGAUUAUCGACAUUAUGAAAUGAUUCAAGACGGAGCUUAUCCACAGGCGGCUGGUCCAGAUGAAGAUGACAGUUCGUCGGAAGUUUCAGCUCCAAGACACUAUGAGCCACUAAGGCCAGUCGAAGACAGUGUGGAGUACACACAUCUGGCGUCGGUGUUUGAUUAGAUUCAGGCUUGAGCAAUAUACACUCGACACUGUAAGUUGUCCGUCAGUGUUGAGGGG